AAGCAUCCGCAGGUCGUCAUGAAAUGGCUGCGGUGGUGGUUUUGGCCAAGUUUUUUGACGGGUGUUUGAUGAAAAAAAAACCUUGGCUUGAGCUGGGCAGGGCGCAAGGAGCAGAUGGCACAGAAUGGGCUUAAGUAAGCCAUCUGAGGUCUCUCUGUGCCACCUGUCUGGACCUGUACAUACCGUCAUGACCUUCUAGAGAUAAUGAGGCUAAUGUUAUGGCAGUAGCUGGGGGUUAGGAGGAGAAGGACUGGUGUGGAUGGAUGAAAGGCGAGGCUGGGGUGGGUGUGGAUGCUGGUGAUGGAAGAUGGAGAGGGAGAGAGACGUAGCAGAGUAUAUGAUGAUGCACACUACCACACACACUGUGGUGACACACAUGCUGCACCCAGGGCCACACCUCUCACUGCUGUACCACCAUGCACUAGCUGUCACAUGUGUUGCUUCAAGUACUUCAUCAUUAUCCCUCAGCACUGUGUCUGCUGUCUCCUCUCUACCACUGAACAAUACUGUUGUGUAGGCGAAACGUUCUAAUAUUAAAGAUACUCGGCUGAUGCAUAUGUUUUAUGUAUCUGCUUCAUACACUGUCAUUACAUGACACAGGUCUCUUGUCACCUGUCAUUACCCUUCUCACUGUGAUAUUAUCACUGGAACAUUUUAACCCCUAAACACCAUUAUUCUUUAACACUACAGUAAGCUAUAGAAAAAUUAUUCUUGACAUUGUUAAACAGACAAAGAAUAAUUUUAUUUGGUUUUACUACAGCUCUCAAUGAAUCCCAAUGGAAGUAAGUCGCUUCAACUUUUUGGAGGUUACCCUACAUAAUGUUCAACUUUUUGGGGGUUAUCCUACAUAAUUUAUAUGUUAUUUUGCAAGACGGUUAUAACCAUCCAAAACUGUUCAAAAUUAUACCUUGGUAGAAGACACUGAAAAAUUGCAGGAAAAUAUAAUCAUUAAUCAUUACAUUGAAUCCCAAAUUUUGUUGAUCAUUGAGUAAAAAGUAAUUGUUAGUAACAGUGGUGCAUAUCACUACUGAUAGAUUACCAGUAACUAAAACUUCAUGUUUCAGUACUAAUAGGCCAUCAUGACCUGGGUAAAGAUAUGGAAAUACCACCUGGCUAACCCACAUAUAACCUCACAUAUUCUACUAUACUAAUUAUGCUGUACUUCAUUGAAGUUACAUGAAUGUUAUAUAUGCACCACCUUCAACCUAAAUGGUGUGUUACAUUGAAUCCAAAAUGCAGCAAAACCGUGGCACAGCACAUGUUAGCUGUGACCUCUGCUCCAGAGACACUGUGAGCACAGUCAUUAUAAUUGGGCGGACAACCAGGCCCUCCCAAGCUGCACCAUGUUCCAUCGCUUUCAUGACCUGAAGGCAGGGCAAGACUCUGAGAUGAUGCAGAGUGGAAGUCGCAGUGGCACACCUGCUGGUGCACUUGAUGGAAGAGCAAUGUUUCCACAUCCGUCAUCCGUCCCUGGCCAACAAAUCCCAGCUUCCUACCCCAGCAUAUCUAGCCCUAGUUCAAGUUUAAUGUCUCAGAGUGCACAACUUAUGGCUUUGGGACAUAAUAUAUUUUCUGGGUCAAAAUUUAUGACUGGGACACCUCCAGAGGCACAUAGGUAUCUUCCAGAAUCUUAUAGAUUGGCUGCAGAGUCACUAGAUCAAAAUAGAUAUGGUAUUGAUAGUCCAAGAAUGUCAGCAGAUCCUUACAGACAGUCAAAUGAAUCUCAGCGCUUGCCAGCCGAUCUUCAGAGAAUACGAUCAGAGUUACAGCGAACAGAAGAACAAAAUAUAGAUAUAUAUCAAAGGCCUCCUAGUGAUUCUUAUAGAAACCCAGUAGACAUACAGAGAGCACAAGACUCUAAUCUACAACAGCGACUUUCUGACCUCCAGAGACUGCAGUCAGAUUCUCAACGACUGGUUGCUGAGGCUCUGCGUCCAUCAGUAUCAGAAUCAAUACGAAGUCCUGAGGCCCCAUAUCGUGGUAUAAUGUCUGAUCCCCUGAGGCCGCCUUCAGAACCCCCUCAGCGUACUGUGCAAGAGUCCAUUCGUAGUCAUGCAGAUGCACAGCGUAUGGUGCAAGAGAGCCUUAGAGACUACUUCAGCCCUUCUCAGAGAACUAUGCAAGAAAAUUUAAGGUCACCAACUGACCAAAGAAUGAUAUCUGAAAAUUUGCGUUACUCCUCAAAUGAUAAUCUUCACUCUGAUUCAUUAAGAUAUGGAACAGAUUUAACUAAUCAACGCAUCAUGCCAGAAAACUUACGUGUAGGAGCAGAAACUCCUCAACAUUUACAGGUAAGGGCAGACACACCACAUAUUCAGGCAAGGUCAGAAACUCCCCAGCAUGUUCGAGUUGGUGCAGAAACCCCUCUACAUCUUCGUGUAGGAGCAGACACCCCUCAGCACCUUCGUGGAGGGGCAGAAACUCCACAACAUCUCAGACUGGGAGCAGAAACUCCUCAACAUCUCAGACUGGGAGCAGAAACCCCUCAGCAUCUUCGUGGAGAUGCCGAAACUCCUCAACAUCUUCGGGUAGGAGCAGAAACUCAACAUUUUCGAGUAGGGACAGAACCUCAACAUCUUAGAAUAGGGGCAGAAACUCCUCAACAUCUCCGAGUUGGCACCGAAACUCCACAGCACAUUCAAGUUAGGGCAGAAACUCCUCAGCAUCUUCAAAGUAGAGUGGAAACUCCACAGCACAUGAGGAUUGGGGCAGAAGCUCCCCUUCAUCUGCGAAUUGGAGCAGACACUCCUCAACAUUUACGAAUUGGAGCAGAGACUCCUCAGCUCCUUCGAGUAGGAGCAGAGACUCCUCAGCACCUUCGAGUAGGAGCAGAGACUCCUCAGCACCUUCGAGUAGGAGCAGAGACUCCUCAGCACCUUCGAGUAGGAGCAGAGACUCCUCAGCACCUUCGAGUAGGAGCAGAAACUCCUCAGCACCUGCGAGUAGGAGCAGAGACUCCUCAGCACCUUCGAGUAGGAGCAGAGACACCACAGCAUCUUCGAGGAGCAGAGACUCCUCAACAUCUCAGAAUAGGAGCAGACACACCACACCAUCUCAGAAUAGGUGCAGAAACACCACAUCAUUUACGAGUAGGAUCAGACACACCACAUCAUUUGCGAGUAGACUCAGAGACUCCACAUCAUUUGCGAACAGAAUCAGAGACUCCACAUCAUUUGCGAGUAGGAGCAGAGACCCCACAUCAUUUACGAGGAGCAGAGACUCCACAUCAUUUACGAGUAGGAGCAGAGACUCCACAACAUCUAAGAGUAGGAGCAGAGACUCCACAACAUCUAAGAGUAGGAGCAGAGACUCCACAACAUCUAAGAGUAGGAGCAGAGACUCCACAACAUCUAAGAGUAGGAGCAGAGACUCCACAACAUCUAAGAGUAGGAGCAGAGACUCCACAACAUCUAAGAGUAGGAGCAGAGACUCCACAUCAUUUAAGAACAGGAGCAGAGACUCCACAACAUCUAAGAGUAGGAGCAGAGACUCCACAUCAUCUACGAGUAGAAGCUGAAACGUCUCAGCACUUGCGAUUAGGAGUAGAAGUCUCCCAGCAUCUUCGAGUAGGGGUAGAAUCUUCACAGCAGCAUCUUCGAAUAGGGGUAGAAUCUUCACAGCAGCAUCUCCGCAUGGGCUCUGAUAAUCAACAUCAUCAUCAUCAUCAUCAUCAUAUGGGAGUUGAAAGUAAUCAGCAUAUGCGACUUGGAGCAGACACACCUCAUCAUCUACGUUUAUGUUCAGAAACUUCUCAAACUCAUUCUUUAAUGCCAGAGAAUCUCAGGGUGACAAAUGAAGCAUCUCGAAUGGUGCCAGAAAAUCUUUGUGUAACAGAGCCCUCACACCAAGUUAUGCCAGAGAAUCUUCGCAUUAAUCACGAUAACACGAACACUACAGGUGGCAUGAGGAUGAAUGCAUUACCCCCUCAAGAUUCCCCUAUGCCUUCCAUGCGCUCACAUUAUGAUGCCUUGACGCAUCGAAUGAUGUCAGAAUCUCCACAUCAGAUGCGAGAACCAAUGAGAGUUGAGUCGCCGCGUUAUUCAGAAUCAUUGUAUCGAGGAGGAGAGUUGAGUCACAAUAGUCUUGGUCCACCAACUCCUGUAUCAUCCAUGACCGAUCCUUCAUGCACUCCUGUACCCACACAGCAUCAAUUUUACACAGGUCAUUACAAUGCCCAGUUUAACCAGUACAUUAGUGAUGGCCAAGACCGAGAUCACCGUGAUAAUAUGAGAAUGGAAGAUGAUCUAGAAGUAAAACCAUAUCUUGAUGUCAAACCCUUUAGUCAGGAUUACCCUCCAAUGCUAGGACAUGAGCUCCCAAUGGCUUCAACUCCCAAGCCACCAAAACCCAAAAGACCUAAAGAACCAAAACCUCCUCGUAUUCCAGUAAUACACAAGUGUAAUGAAUGUGAAAAAAUUUUCAAGAAUAGCACUCAACUAAAGAAUCAUAUGUGGCGACAUACAGGGGAGAAGCCAUUCACAUGUGGAGAAUGUGGAUCAAAAUUCACUCAGCAGGGCAAUCUUAGAGCUCAUAAAAGAAUCCAUACAGGUGAGAGACCAUAUCAGUGUCCACAGUGCAAGUCUUGUUUCACUCAGCUGUCAACAUUAAAAACACAUCAGAAAAUACACUCUGAUGAAAGGCCAUAUAAAUGUGAUCAGUGUGAUGCAGCAUUUAGACAGAUAGCUAAUUUGAAAACUCAUGCUGUCACACACACUGGUGAAAGGCCUCAUAAAUGUGAUCAGUGUGAGAAAGCAUUCACACAGAAAUCAAAUCUCAAGGCUCAUAAAAAUAGGGUUCAUUGUGGGGAAGCAGGCAUGCCAACAAGGAGAGGUAGAAAAAAAAACCCCAGUGCAAUUAAACCUUACAAUUGUCUUGAGUGUGGUGCAAAAUUUACAAUGAAUAGCAACCUACGGAUCCAUAUGAAGCUACAUACAGGUGAUAGACCCUUUGAAUGUGAUCAUUGUGGGGCUGGAUUUGCUCAGAGAUCAAAUUUAAAGACGCAUAUACAAAGAAUGCAUGGAAAGGGGCCAGGGCAGGGAAGGCGUAGAAUCAAAUGUGAUGAAUGUCCAGCAAUGUUUAGACUAAAACGCUGUUUGAAGACUCAUAAAAAGAAGCGUCAUCCUAUCAAGAGCCUUAAAAUCAAGAUCCUUAGAGAAUCAAAAUAUUUAAUGAAGUCUGAAGGAGAGGAAGGAGCUGAGGGUGAGGAAGUAGAUGAAGGCGAGGAUGGAACAGAAGAUGGGGAUGAUGGAACGGAAGGGCCAAAUUUUGAACCUAUAGUUCAGCUUUGUGAGCCAAAAGAAGAACCAUAUUCACCUAGCUACAAUUCAGACUCUCCCUUUAACAAGGAUGAGUGGCCUAAGGAUGUUGAAGGAAAAGGUAUUAAGAGUAAUAAGGUGCAAGUCAGUAGAGAAACAGGACCAAGAGGCGCAGCGGAUGUUAAAGAAAGAAGAGAAGUAAUUGUAGAUGGUGCAGGAGGAGGGGAAUAUGAACAGAAGGGUGUAGAGGAGGGAGACUGUGAGCAUCCCCAUGAAACUGAAUCAAAAGCUCUUCCACAAGAGUCUCCAGAAACAAGUUUAAGUGUAAAGUGAUGAGCUUAUAUGCACAGUGAAGCCUCCUAAAGCUUAACCUUGAUGUCUCUGCCAAAUCUCACUAAAAACAUUAUUGAAUAACAGAAAGAGGCUAGAGAUAGCUGGGUUGAUGCUUUAAUUUCACUAUUUUUCAUAUGGCCCCAAAUUAGCAAAUUAUGCCACAAAUACCUGUACAGUACUGUGAAUAUUGAACCAGCAUUGUGUUGUGGAGUUAUUGGUUGUGGUGGUCAAAUGUUCUGGUGAUAGAAUGCUGCAGAUGCUAAUGGUCAAAAAGUUGGUCAUCGUUUGUUCGACAGCCAUCAAGGAUGUAAUGUUAACACAGUACAUCUCAAACAAGGAAAAGGUCUUUUUGAUUGUUAAUUAACUUAAUGUAGCAUGCAUUAUGUGAUUUUAUAUACAUUAUUUAUGUCAAAAUUUUUAAAUAAUUGUAUUAUCAAUCAUAAGUUUUAACAAAAUUGCAAAGUAAGUGAUUCAGCAAAUAAGGCUUCCACAUAAUUUUGCUCCACUUCAUAUUAAGGGCUUUCUUGAAAAUCCUCAUGGGCACUUUAAAUGAGGUUGCACAUUUUAUCAUUUGAUUAUUUUACCAUCUAUAUUCUAGUGAUACCUCAACGUCUUUAUAGUUUGUGAUAAAACAGUAAAUGUCCACAUAUUGAGGGAAAGUAUAUUCACAGUUACACCAGUGAUGGGUAUCAGUUGUGUUCCAAAGAACUGGAGAGAUUUGAUGGCAUUUCACUUAUGUUGCCCUUAUUAUAUUGUUGCCAUUGUUCUUGCCUACUGUAUUUACACAAGUUGGGAGUUUUACUUGAUAACCUCCUACAUUUCUUGUUUUACUGUGAGAAAUUAUUCCACUGCAGAAAUUGAUCGAGCAAACGAGAUUAGGCUGUAUAUAGUUUGUUGUGAGAGACUUCAGCGUUAGUGAACAGGUUAGCUUUCUCAGCUCCUGAAAACAGCUUUAAUGUACCCUGAAAAUUUUUACCAUAGCUAUCUAUAUGUGCACUAGAUGUUGAUGCCCUAAGCUUUCUUCAUCUGGUGUUCCUGGUUAUGGUUUAAAUUUGUUAGGGGUAUUUGAUCUGAUGGCUUUAGAAAGAAUGGUUAAGAAUUCUUCAGGUGUUAAGUUGUGAUUGCCCAGGUCCCUACACCUCAUUGUUGUGAGGAAUCAUUUUCAGUGAUUGAGAAAGAGAGGGAAACUCAGGCAUGUUCAUCUAAUCUGCUUUAUUUGAAGUUUUAAUUAAUUAUCAUGUAAUCAUGUAUUAAAGAGACAGACAUUUUAUUAAAAAAUUUUGACGAGAAAGAACAAAUAAUGAAAUUUAGUUGUGAUAGUUUUUCCUCUAAGCAGAGAAUUUGACCUGAGAGAAUUAAUGGGCUGGUGCUUCCUUAACUUUACACACUGGGUUUGUGACAAGGUCGGUACAUCCUUACAGGGGAGGCUCAUUAGGGCUCAGCUACCCACUCCAACUCAGGGAAAGUUGAUCCUCAUCAACACUCCGUCUACCAGUCAAUAAAACACAGUAGUAACUCAGCUGAGCUUAGAGAAAGUAGAGCUACAGGACAAACAUUGAUUUAUAUAACAUAACAUAAUAAAUUUCUUGAAAGUUUAAACAUUCAGAAAUGUAAUUUUGUAAUCAUGCAUCCUUUGUGGCUUUGUUUUUCUGAUUGUGAAAUACAUUUGCUUGUUACUUUGUUCCCACAGUGGAGCUGAUUUAUCCAGAUCCAAAGAAAGUUAUUUUGUUCUAUUUACUAUAUAUAAUCAAAACUUUAUUAUAUAGUUCGUGCGUGAGUGUCAUUUUUUCAUUAAGUGCUUUGUUGUGAGAACAGAAGUAGAAUAUAGAUCAUUACCACUCAUCACUAUUGGCCACUUUAUGGUUCCUUAAUACACAUGACUAACAUAUCCAGGAAUUUUAUAAGCGAAUAGUGUAAUACUUAUCAGCUACACAUGGUGUUAAGUGCCCGCCAUCAUUAAUAUUUUGAAUUUUGAGUUGUUGAUGUACUAGACGGGUCCCCCAAGGCUCUGAACAACUGACCGUGACACAUUUUGGAUGCAAUUUGCUGGUUUCAUCUUCUACGUGUCUUUCUUGUCUUAACUUGAGCAUAUUUUUUUCUUAAUUUAAGGUUUUUGACUUCUACUGUGCAAAAAUUUUUAGAACCCCUAGUACCUGUAAGACUUUAAAAGAACUAAAAUGAAACUGCAUAUGCAAUGCCUCUUUAUUACUUUAUAUAAUUAAUAGGAUUAUAGUGUGUAGAACUGAUAGUAUUCAUAUAUAUAUAUCUAUAUAUAUAUAUCAUUCAAUCACAUAUAGUGGCAGCCUCUGAGGAGGCUUUCUUGUUUGAGGAGUUUUGCAUGCAUGUGUUUGUAGAGAUGGAUUAUGGCCUCUUGAGACUAUUUGAGUGUGUCUGCUGUGUGUGUUUAUUGCGAGUAGUUUCUUUAGGGGGAUAAAAUGACUGUGGGGUCCGUUCUGCCAUACAUGACAAUUUUACUUAAUUACCUGAUAUAAUUUUUUAAGGUCAUCUCUAAAAGGCAUAUUUGAAGUAGGUGCACAUUUUCUCUGUACUGCCACCAAUCAGUGACCUGUGUAAUAUUGGGUAUCAUUUACACUUGUGUACAGGAAAUGAAUUCUGUAUGUGUAUAUAUGAAUUUUUAGUGAAUUUGAUGAGCGAAAGAACUUCAGUUGAUCAACAGUGCGUUUUAGAAGCAUUUGUUGGUGUUAGUGAAGAGAAAGAGGCAUAUGAUUUAUAUGUCUGUUAAAUGUGAACCUUUGCUUUCAGUGAUGGAAAUAAGAUCUGCCUUUAGUAUUACCACAUUUUCUUGGCAGAUAUUGUAUUUUUGCCGAAGUCUUUUGACAUGUCAUAUAGUACCAUUAAGUAAUCAUUCAGGACUGAAUCAAACAGUCUGGAAUACGUAUACGGUGCAUCAAUUUGUUGCCAUACAAUAUCUGUUCUGUCAUAAGCUUGCUGAAAUAUAUGCUUCUGGUUUACCAAGCUCAUGUUAGGAAACAACAAUCAAUUUAUUUAGAGGUUAUCUUGACAUUUGGGAAAAAUUACUAAGUUGAGUUUAGCAGAUUGAAUUUUUUUGCAGGCCUAUGAAAGGGCAGAGAACAGCUAGAAGUGAAGGGAGAUGGGUAAGGAGGUACUCAACGUUGCACUUUGCUGAAGGAACUUGGGGAUUAUAGUAUGUGUAUGAGGUUGAACAUUACACUAUAUUAUUUUUUCUACAUUAAGGCUUGAACUUUAUCAUUCAAAUGGAGUACAUGUGCCUGUAUAUAUACAUGCAAAUAGACAGACAGACACACCCACACACACACACACACACAUACACACACACAUACACACACACACAACACU